UAAUCAAGUGAGAACUAUUAUCAUUGUUGUAAUCUUGUAAACAAAAAAAAAAAAGAGUUGAACUAGUGUCAACAAACAACUUGUCAACAUAUAUUCUAUAAACAAUUUAUUAUUUAAACAAUUAAACUAGAUAUUAUUAUUGAUUUUAUUUUUUUAUCAAAUCAAAAUGAACAACGCAAAACGUACAAUUUACGUUGGUGGUCUUGCUGAGGAAGUUGAUGAAAAAAUACUACAAGCAGCAUUUAUACCAUUUGGUGAAAUUGUUGAUGUACAAAUACCUCUUGAUUAUGAGUCUGAAAAACAUCGUGGAUUUGCAUUUAUUGAAUUUGAAUUAUCUGAUGAUGCAAUGGCAGCAAUUGACAAUAUGAAUGAUUCAGAAUUAUUUGGUAGAACAAUAAGAGUUAAUAUUGCAAAACCACAAAGAAUAAAAGAGGGUUCAUCAAAACCAGUAUGGGCUGAUGAUAGUUGGCUUCAAGAACAUGCUGGUGAAACAUUAGAAACAGAUGAUAAAAAAUCUGAAACAAUAGCACCAGUUAUAAAAGAAAAAUCAAAUCCACAAGUUUAUUUUGAUAUUAGUGUUGGUAAACAAGAAUUAGGAAGAAUAAUAAUGAUGCUUAGAUCAGAUAUUGUACCAAAAACAGCUGAAAAUUUUCGAUGUUUAUGUACACAUGAAAAAGGAUAUGGUUAUCAAGGAAGUAUAUUUCAUAGAAUAAUACCUGAUUUUAUGUGUCAAGGUGGUGAUUUUACAAAUCAUAAUGGUACUGGUGGUAAAUCAAUUUAUGGUAAUAAAUUUGCUGAUGAAAAUUUUCAAUUAAAACAUACUGGACCUGGUAUAUUAUCAAUGGCUAAUUCUGGAUCAAAUACAAAUGGUUCACAAUUUUUUUUAUGUACAUCUAAAACUGAUUGGCUUGAUAAUAAACAUGUUGUAUUUGGACAUGUACUUAGUGGUCUUGAUGUUGUACGUAAAAUUGAAAAACUUGGUACUAAAACUGGUACACCAAUUCAAAAAGUUGUUAUAAGUGCAUGUGGUCAAUUGUAA